AAUUCCUCUCUCUGCAUUUUAUAGUGUCAGAAUUUUAAAUGUAUUGAAGUUGGAAAUAACUUAACGCCUAGAAUACUGAGGAUAUUGUUAAAUGUGAUAGCCUUUUCUUUGAGGAAAUAUAGUCUGUGGUUCACGAAGACAACGAGAACAAUCCGUUUACCAAGACCCGGCACGUCGCGAGUAGCUCUGACACUAUACGUCAUAACACAGUUGGUUUAUCGUUUAGUUUUUUGUUUACAAUUAAAUCGUGUUUAUGUUAUCGUCAUUUGUUCGAAAAUCUGUGUAAAUUAAUCAGGACAUGGAUACGGGUAAUUAUGGGUGGACUUAUACCAGAGACUCAGCUGGGUGCGAUGCGGUUCACGUUAAAGAAGAAGUAGAUCACAGACCUUUAUCCCCAAUAGUGUACACAACUAGACUCGAACAACUAGACAUCUUCAGGAACAACACAAAACAUAAAAAAGCAAAAAAAAUAUAUGAAAUUGUCGCCCAACAGAGUAAGCCCGUAUUUAAUCCUCUCAAGCGCAAUACACUAGGCUGUCUUGGAAUAACACAUCAAAGAUUAAAAGAGAAGAUUCAUAUAAUCAAUUCAGAGGUGCAUUCGGGAAAAAGUACAAAAUUUCGUCGGUAUGAAUCCAAUAGUGAGAAACAAAUGUACGCUGAUGAAGAUUGUACCGGUAGUGACAGAUCAGCCAGUGACAGUAGCUUGCAGGAGAUAAAACUCUCGGAUACACCUAUAAAGCCCCAGCACCCCAUAAGCAACCCAAAUGGUAUCAUUAUUUAUGAUCAUCAACAAAAUGAAGCCGAAAAAUAUAGCUUCGAUAAAAAUUACCGCGUAACGGAUUAUAAGAAAGUCGAUGACAAUAUUACGGCCGCAUUCAAUGAUUCGCCAUUUCACAGAGUCUACUGUUGUUGCUGGUUCGAAAGAGAAAGAUUUCUAAAUGUAUCUUUUCCUCAAGAAACAGCGAAAGGCUUAAGAAAACCACACAAUUGCAGACCCGGUCAUUGCUUGUGUUGCUGCAAGAUAAACGAAACAGUAUCUACACCGCAACCUAUUAAUGACUUGGAGAAAACGUCACCAAGUACUUGGUUCAAGAAUUUAACAAACAAUGUUCCGUUAAGUUGUUUUGUAUCGGAUACCGACCAGGCACAAAACAAGAGUACGGCAUCGAAUAACCUUCUUGUCAAAUGCCUAACCGUACCUCCAAGCGCACCGAAAACGAGGAGUAACCAACCAAAAGAAAACGCAAUAUUUACAAAUCCAACGAAUCUUCAAUUUCCUGGUGAAUAUUAUCAGAUCGGCUUAAAUGGUGAAAUUGAAUUAUUAUAUAACAAAGAUAUUCAAGCAGCCAAAAUGGAUUUACACAAUGGUCCUAAUGCAUCUCAUAAUGAUCAAUUAAGAUCAGUUCAAACAAGACACAAGGAUAGUAAAAACAAAAAUCACAAACGAAAAGACAGAAAAUCAAAAAGUAAAAACAAAGCGUCGUCGAAGUCGAAGAAAAGCAAAACACCCACCAUUCAUAAAACACCCCUAAACAAGACAGAUGAGUUAUUCGACGUCCCGUCUUCAGCAGUUUUAUCAAAUUAUACGUUUGUUCCUUCCCAAAAUGGUGGUAAUACCGUAAAAUUGAGAAGGAUGAGUACUACAUCGCCACCGUCCACACCUGCAGCAUCAUCAAGCAGAGUAAAAAAUAAUGAAGUGCUAAGCGAAGCACAACCAAAUCCUAAAAAAGCUGAAAAGGAGGACUCUUACAAUAUGAACGCAAAUACCUUAAAUGAUCCUACAACCUCUGAUGUUACGCAGGGGUUCAAAAUUCCCAAAAAAAGGACUCGUUCAAAAUCAUUCGCAAAGGAAUCCUCUGCAAUCAAGAAACGACGUAAGUCUUGUCCGUCUUUGGAUGAGUGUUACGGCGAUUGUCCGAAUGCAUCCUCCAGCGCUCGUAAAUAUAAGGAAUAUAACCAAAAUUCAUCAAAUAUCUCAAGAGAAAAACAAGGAAAUAAUAAAAAACAACAACUACACGAAACAGCCAUAGACCAUAGACCAAGAACUAGGCAACGGACAAAAAGUUGUUGUAUACCAGAGACAAACAAAGAUUUAUUGGCUACCAACCCCAAAAAAAUACCGUCUAGUCCUAAAAGUUUAGUGGAUUCCUUGUAUUUUAGCAGCCAUGGAGAUGCGAAUUGUUCAAUUCAACAACAAUCCAAACCAAGACGGAAUAAUGUUUCCGUAGAUAAAAGUCAUAAUAGUAACGAAACUAUAAAUGAGGCUACCAAGCCUUUUCAAUCCAAAAUCAUACACAGAGAUCAAACAAAUAGCUUGCCUUCUUCAAGUGUUUUGCACAACGUCGUAUCAAAUCACAAAAAACGGCCUAACACUCGCAAAGUUGUUAAUCACGAGGAAGUACCAAAAAGCGCUUUACUUGGCGUAAAUAAUUGCACUUAUGUAGACGAAAACGCAAUUAACGAUGCAACUAUGCAUCACAAUUCUACGUUAAAAAAAGAGGAUAUAAAAAUCAGUACCAAAGGGCUUAAAAAUAAACCAUGUAUUACUCAUCAUCGUAAUUCUCGUUACAUAAAAAAAAGUAGCUACAAAAAUCUUAGGAAACAACGUUUGUCAAAUAAUAAAUCUUUAAUCAGAACCAGACGUAGGUCAAAUUCAACUGACUACAAGAAGAUUGGGAAGUUAAUUUAUGAUAAGAGAGCAAAUAUUAUCAAAUUAUCAGGCGAUGUUCUUUUAUUUAAAUUAGAAGAUGGAGCAAAGAAUUUAGGUAUCAAAUCAAUAAAAAAAAACAUGUCCCUAUUCUUACUCUGUGUUGACGAUUCUUUUGCUAAGACUAAUGACAUUCAAAGUAUAGAUGAGAUUCUUGAAGAGCCAUCUCGAAAUACAGAUAAAAUUCAAGAUUUAAACGAAGAUGACAAUGCGAUUGACCGAACAGAAGAUGCGCCGCAAGAUUCAAGUAACGCCGUUGGUUCCAAUACGCUAGAAAAACAUUCACCAAGUAAAAAUAUACUAAGGAAUAGCAUAUCCGAAGGAUCUCAUCCAUCUAAGCCAAUUAAAAGUGAAAUUAUAACGAAUGAUUCUAAUAGUAAUUCCAAUGUAAAAAAAAAUACCCUUAUUCAUAGUUUUUUGUUGGGGGAUUCUAUAGAUGAUACGGAUUCUCUUCAAAAUAUCUCACAUGAAAUUUCUAGUGCAGGUCUAUCACAAACACCCCCAAUAGGCCCCUCUCACGGAGAUUCUAAUCAUAAUCUGAAUGAUGAAUCAACCUCAGCCCAUAAUCAAAAAUCGAAUCCCAGCACAAACAGAAAUCCAUGUGAAAACAACAAAGAAUUAGCAAUGAAAAGUGAAGUGAAGAAUACUACUAAUAUUGAAACACAAAACGAGCUAAGGCUAAACACAGAUAAAAUUCAAGAUUUAAACGAAGAUGACAAUGUGAUUGACCUAACAGAAGAUGCACCGCAAGAUUCAAGUAACACCAUUUGUUCCAAUAAACUAAGAAAUAGCAUAUCCGAAGAAUCUCAUCCACCUACGCCAAUUAAAAAUGAAAAUACCACAAAUGAUUCUAAUAAUAAUUCUAGUGUAAGAUCCAUAACCUCUAUUCACAGUUUUCUGUUGGGGGAUUCUAUAGAUGAUACGGAUUCUCUUCAAAAUAUCUCACAUGAAAUUUCUAGUGCAGGUCUAUCACAAACACCCCCAAUAGGCCCCUCUCACGGAGAUUCUAAUCAUAAUCUGAAUGAUGUAUCAACCUCAGCCCAUAAUCAAAAUUCGAAUCCCAGCACAAACAGAAAUCCAUGUGAAAACAACAAAGAAUUAGCAAUGAAAAGUGAAGUGAAGAAUACUACUAAUAUUGAAACACAAAACGAGCUAAGGCUAAACACAGAUAAAAUUCAAGAUUUAAACGAAGAUGACAAUGUGAUUGACCUAACAGAAGAUGCACCGCAAGAUUCAAGUAACACCAUUUGUUCCAAUAAACUAAGAAAUAGCAUAUCCGAAGAAUCUCAUCCACCUAUGCCAAUUAAAAAUGAAAAUACCACGAAUGAUUCUAAUAAUAAUUCUAGUGUAAGAUCCAUAACCUCUAUUCACAGUUUUCUGUUGGGGGAUUCUAUAGAUGAUACGGAUUCUCUUCAAAAUAUCUCACAUGAAAUUUCUAGUGCAGGUCUAUCACAAACACCCCCAAUAGGCCCCUCUCACGGAGAUUGUAAUCAUAAUCUGAAUGAUGAAUUAAUCGCAGCCAAUCAUCAAAAAUCGAAUCCCAGCACAAACAGAAAUCCAUGUGAAAACAACAAAGAAUUAGCAAUGAAAAGUGAAGAUACUACUAAUAUUGAAACACAAAACGAGCUAACGCUAAAUACAGAUAAAAUUCAAUAUUUAAACGAAGGUGACAAUGUGAUUGACCUAACAGAAGAUGCACCGCAAGAUUCAAGUAACACCAUUUGUUCCAAUACACUAAGGAAUAGCAUAUCUGAAGAAUCUCAUCCACCUAUGCCAAUUAAAAAUGAAAAUACCACAAAUGAUUCUAAUAAUAAUUCUAGUGUAAGAUCCAUAACCUCUAUUCACAGUUUUCUGUUGGGGGAUUCUAUAGAUGAUACGGAUUCUCUUCAAAAUAUCUCACAUGAAAUUUCUAGUGCAGGUCUAUCACAAACACCCCCAAUAGGCCCCUCUCACGGAGAUUCUAAUCAUAAUCUGAAUGAUGUAUCAACCUCAGCCCAUAAUCAAAAAUCGAAUCCCAGCACAAACAGAAAUCCAUGUGAAAACAACAAAGAAUUAGCAAUGAAAAUUGAAGAUACUACUGAUAUUGAAACGGACGUACCUCCGAAGAACGGUUACCAUCGAACUCCUGACGUUAGGCUCACGGAUAAACAGAAACCGCCAGAUAUCACUUUGAAUGAUGAUAUUACUACUGAAAAUAACACUUCACAUGCUUCCACAAUGCAAGAUUUAUACGAUGAUAUAGUAGCAGUUGUUAACAAAGCGGCUCACACUGUAGGUGAGCAUAAAGUACAGUACUUAUUGCAUUUAAUUGAAUUUAGCUUUUUUAUAGCUGAUGAUAAUGCUGGCACUGCAACUUCCGAACAAAAUGAUAAUCAAAAACCUGAUUCGGUUGCAAACGAUGCCACUGUAAGUAAUAAACAAAAACCCAAAAAACCUGCUAAGUAUCGCUCUGUUAUGAUGUCAAGAUUAAUUGACAAAUUGAAAGAAUUCGAAGCAGACGAUGAUAAUAUAAAUAUUAAAAUCAAACAUGAGUCUUCUACUAACGCACCUGAUGAAACGCUGUCUAGUUCAGGUUCUGAAAAUGGUACUAACGUUAAAGGCUUGACCGCCGGCGCGUCAGAAAGCAGUACCUCUCAUUUAGUGUCUAAAAAUGGAACGAAUAACAGAACUUUGAACGGUAAUGUUAAAGGCAAUAUAAAUACAUUGAAGGAGGAUUCUCAGCAAACUGCUUCAAAAAAUUCUUUAAAACAAGAUGAGGCUGUAAAUAUAAUGAUUCAAAAUUGUAUUGACUGUAACAUUUCAGACGAGAGGGUCGAAAGAUUAAAAAUAUUGAGAAAUGUAUUGCAAAUUGAAGACGAGACUGACAUAGUCAUAAUUGAUUAAAUCAGACAUGAUAAUAGUAGCGUCAAAAGGCGUCUUGAAAAACUAGCUGUAGAAACCCAAAGAUAUUCUACUAGUCAAAACCCAGGAUACUUGUUUGUAUUCUGGGUGUCCACAAGUCUUUUCCCAGAUGAACUUUUUGACUUCAUCAGCAAGAUUGAUAUAUCCGUAUCCAUUGCCACCAACUCUCACUCUCAACGAAAAGCUCGCUAUCUUGGUUCUACGAGUAACGCAACCCUGAGGGGUUGCAGCCCGAGAAAAGAUCUAUGAGUUCGUGACAACUACAAUACAUCCUCGCAACGCAUCGGAACUGUAUGACGACAUCAAGUCUACUCAUCAAAUUAAUCAUACAACUGUAUUUAGUGGGGGCCUAUCACAGCCUCUUCAAGUAAGAUUUUGCUGCACCGUACAUUGCGUCGUCCGCCUUGAAAGGAGGUAAUAGGCACCCACUAUGAAUAAAAAAAACAUGCUUCCUAUAUGUAUGUAUGUUAAGUAUCCUAGCAUUUAUAUGUAUAUUUAAAUGAUGUUCUAUAAUGUAGCACUAUAUAAAAUCUGUAUAUUUUGACUUUUUGACAUACUUUCAUACUUAUGCUUAUCUCAAUCUUCAAUGCUAAUCCGGGGCUAUAAACAGUCGAUAAUCGAUUAAAAAGAAUAAUGAGCGGAAUCCCUUAGAUUCAACCUUUUUUAUCCUAUCUUUGUAUGUGGUUAUAUGUAGAUCAGAAGAGUAAUCGUAUUUUCAAAAUACUUAAGGGAAUAAACAUAAAAAAGUUGUCACUACUAUUUUAUCCAAAUCUAAUGACAUGGUAAGACGAUUUGUUAUUUAGCCGGUAAACCAAUAACUUAAUGGGCUAUACUUUUACUGGGCUAUCCAAUUGUAAACAGAUAAGUUAUUCAUGCAAAAAUAACCAGUAAUAUACAUUUUUUUGUCACUGUGUGACUUGACAUCGUGACAAGGUAAAAGGUAUAUGUAUAAAAAUUAUGUAAUAUUUUUAGGAAACUUAAAUUUACUUAAAGGGACACCCUGUCCCCCUGACUUCGGUUAUGCGUUGAUUUGUGGGACAUCCUGUAUAAGUGUUCGUGUAAAGACAGUUCAAUUCAUGGACCCUUGUUGUUGUUUAUGUUUUUUAUUUUAUGUUUAACUUUAAUGAACGAUGAUUAAGUUAAAUUUAUAGUACUUACGUUAGUAAAGUUCGCCGUUAUAUAAUUAUAUGAUUUAAUAAAUAACUUAUUGUUAAGUUAAUAAACAAAAAAAUGUUAUUUAUU